GGAUAACAGACCCAGCCAUGAGUUUCUAACAAUAUAUAAACCCUCACGAUCAUCCGUGGUCAAAAAACUAGCUGUAUCAUUCUCAGUCUUACAAACCUUCACCUAGCUUUCUUUAUUUCAAACUUGAUUCAAUCCCCGCACAUCAAAACACGGCUGCCAUGUCUAGAGCCUUUUCUACUGCACGCCAGAACCUCGCAAGAUGGCUCGGGUACAAUAAGGAACUACUUCCUCCCGUUUUCAAGGACGCGGCCGAGCGUUACGUAGAGAACGGUGCUGUACAGAAAGUCGGCAAGGUUGACUCUAUUGAGAUUUUGCAUCGCAACGACGGCAGUAGCCCCGUUCACCAGUCUCACUUCAACCGUCUCGAUAAGGCGAUGAUUAUCAGCGCCCGAAUCAGCCCAGCUGACGGUAGUCGACCUCGAACCCACCAUAUAUAUGCAGAUGGCACUGGCACGUUCAAGAAGGGCGACAAGCGGGAGUAUUCGACGUCAUCCGAACAAGGGGCUUAAAGACUGCCAGGUUAGCGUGAAUAUGCCAUGUCACUUGAUGCGCCAUGGUUUUUUUGGUUAUCAGAGGAUACACAGGGAGAAUUCUUAAAGCUCUCAUCACUUCAUACCGCGCAGAAGAUAUUCGUUGUUGCUCUCGGCUUGUCAGCAGGAACAGAUGUUUGAACAUUUUAUAGCCCGCCGGCUGGAGUAGUGGUAGGCAAUAGGUUUCUUUGGGCGCUUUCUAGCCUUUCUAUAUUGUCACGAUAUAUUGGAUUGUCACACUAGAUCCUGUUAUUCCCAUAACAUUGUCUUCGACUCCGCGCUUUGUCGACUUGUGCAAUGUCCAUAAUGUGGCUGCGGGAUGUGGAUAUGGACCCCACUGUACCGCAGCCAAUGAGAUCGAUCAAUCAUCUUUGAAC